AUGACGGCGUUUCCAAUUUCUAAGCUUCUGUCGUCAAUGGGUGCUGCCGACAUCGAUGGGGAUGGCCUGGACGAUGUGGUGCUGGCUUGGUUCCGUAACAACGGGGCCUCGUUUUCACAGAUGCCGUCGUUCACGACCCGCGCCGUCGAGUCUCGGUUUAUUGCUGCAGAUUUCGACAACGACACCGAUGUGGAUAUUGAGUACGUGUACAGGCAGUCAUCGUCCGAGGCCCGGCUCGUGAGGGCUGUUAAUGACGGGACAGGCAACUUUGACGUCCACGAGUACGUGCUACCCAACCGCGGCAGCUGGUCAUUUGUCUCAGUCGACAUCAAUGGCGACGACGUUCGCGAUGUUAUAGUUGCUUUAGAUUCCACCAUGGAACUGAUUGUUUCGCCAUCGAAUGUGUCCGACUGGAUAACGACGCCGCGGCAACAGGUGGGUACUACAACGAAAGCGCCGUUUGUGACGCCAACGGGAUCGAUUGUAGCAGCUGGCGAUGUGGACGGCGACGGCGACGGCGAUGUAGUCUACCUUGCUUCAGAUGGCAGUGUGGUCCUUGUCGAGGCGCUUACGAUCAACAGCUACGCCGGGCCGCGGCAUGUGGAUGCCGGACUGUCUGGAGCGGGGGCGGUGGUGGGACUUGAGCUCGUCGACGUCAACCGCGACGGUUCUGCUGAUAUUGUUGCUGCCUGCGCAGACGCGGUAGUGUUGGCAGCGAGCGACGGGCUGGCGUGGAACAUUUCUACGCUUGCCAACGUGUCUGACACGAGCGCGAGCAUUGCCGCACUGUGUGCAGUGCCGGAUGGCUCCGGCGUUGCGGCCGUGACCAGCAACGGGACUGUGAUCUGGAUACCUGGCAACGGCUCUUCAGGCAUUGCGUUGCCAGACUCGUCCAUUCGGCUCUUUGGUGCGCGAGGGGCGGUAUGCGGCAAUGUUGAUGGAGCUGGUGCGCCAGACGUGCUGGUUUGGAACGAUGAAGCAGUUGUUGUGUGGUACGCUGAAGCUGCUGGCACCUGGAGCAGUGCUGUGGUGGAUGUGCCUCUCUCGAAUCUUGUGGGCGUCGCGGUUGGCGACGUUGACGGCGAUGGCACGAAUGAUAUCGGUGUUGUCUCGUCCAGUGGUGGGGGAUGGAUGCGCGGCGAUGGAGCGCGCGGAUUUGGACCGCUCCUGCAGGUCUCUGUGCCUUUGGGUGUACCUGUUGACGUUGCCAUUACGCCUGCGCGAGGGCUGGUAGUGUCAGCAUCGAGCAGCAGCACCAAGUCGAACACAUAUGCAUUCCGCGGCGGCGCAGUGGCCGAGGUCGAGCAAGUUGCGGACAACGGCGGAAAGCUGACGGUUGUCGACAUGGAUGGCGACGGCGAUGAUGAUUUGUUUGUCGCAACUUCUAGUACCGUCACGUGGUUUGAGACGGCUGAUGCGCUUCCUAUGUCAGGUGUUGGCUUUGCGCGCGGAACGAAUGUGUACCAUGAGCUGGUCUUGGAUGUUGUCUUGGCCGAUCUCGACCUCGACGGCGAUACUGAUGCGGUGAUCCGCACGCCCGACGUCGUCGGCUGGCUUCCUAACCUCAACGGCGAAGUCUCGUUUGGUGCGUUGACACCGGUGAGCACGACGACGGCGUCGUACGUUGCCGUAGCUGACAUGGACGAUGACGGCGAUUUGGACGUGGUUGUGGCGGCGGCGGCACUGGCGUGGCAUGCCAAUCAGGAUGGGAGGGGGCGAUUCGGAAGUGGCCGCGCCAUCUCAAGCCCGCUGACGACGCUCACCGGCAUCCGCAAGAUCUUGAUCGUUGAUGCGAAUCGUGACGGAAGCCCGGAUGUGUUGACUUCGAGCGACAGUCUCACAGCAUUGUUUCUCUACACCGGUACCGGGAUUGCAAGCGAGCUAGCUGUUACCGGCACCGGGUCGUCUAAGGUGUACGUGGGAGGAGUUUGA